AUGUAUGUAUGCACCAGUGCCAUCGGGUGGCGGCCGCCCACCGGCGGCUUCUUUUGGGACGAGCAUUCAUCGCUAGGUCCCCUAACGGUCGCUUCAGGGAUGGAGAUGGGUUUGGUGGCUCACCUAAGCGCCAUGACAGUGACCCACGGGUCACUAGAGCUCUACACCCGCAAGGCGGCGCAGCUUGGACCUGACCCGCUGCGGGAGGAUGCGGACAAGGAGCUGCUCCGUGCCAAGGUUGCCCGCAGCCGCAAACCCAUCGGUCUGGUGUUGAUGGAUCAGUCUAUGGUGGCCGGCGUGGGCAACAUCUACAGGGCCGAGAUCCUCUUCAAGGCGGGGGUACAUCCCGAGCUGCCCGCCUGCGACCUGACCAGCGAUCAGUUUGAUCGAAUCUGGUAUCACACGGUGUCGUUGUUGCAACGGGGUUUCGUGUCGGGCUCCAUCCUGACGGUGGACGGCUGGGAGGCUAAGGUGCUGGGGAGGCCAUGGACACGCCGGUACAUCUACAAUCAGCAAGUGUGCGGUCGCUGUAAGGGGCCAGUACGAACAUGGCAGAUGGCGGGCCGUACAGUGUACUGCUGCGAAAACUGCCAACCACUCAAGAAGAAGCAGCAGCAGCCACAAGAACAGCAGAAGAAGAAGCAGCUGAUGGGUCGUCAUACAGCUGCAGGCGGUGGUGGCGGUGGCGGUGACGGUGGUGGCGACGGAGCCGGAGGGGAUGUCCGCCCGCUGCUCUCCUCAUCGCGACUGGCGGCUAUGGCCGCCGCGCAGCCUGCUCGGCUCUUCCGCAGCCACUGCGCCCCAGAUGAGGAUGACGAGGGCAACGAGGGAGAGGCCGCGGAUGAAGGGGAGGGUGUGGUGGUGGUGCCUGCUAAGCUGACCGUCAAGCAGCUUAAGACUCGACUGAUCGCGCUCAAUUUGGAUAUCAGAGGCAAUAAGGCGCAGUUGGUGGAGAGGAUGGAAGCGGCCUUGAGAUGGCAACAACAGCAACAACAGCAACAGUCAGUAGCAGCAACCAAGGCUGGAACUGCAGCAGCAGCCAAAGGCGGUGUCGACGUCGGGGGGGAUAGCGGAGACCACGACAGCGACGUGACAUUGGACCGGGCAGAACGAGUCCUUUCCGAGGCCAUGGCGACAGCCGCCGCAGACUCUCUUGGGACGACAAUGAUGACGUCGCCCCUUGAGGACCUCCAACGGCUGACUGUCGUACAACUGAGGAGCCGCCUGCGACUGUUGGGUCUAUCCGCCAGUGGCAAUAAGCCGACGCUGCUGGAGCGGUUGACGGCGGUGCUUGACGCUGCCGCCACCGCUGCACCGCCAUCGCCCUCUGUGGCGGCGGCGGCGGCGGCGGCAGCAACGCCUACAGCUGCGACGCAGCCGCGGCCCAACAAAGCUGCUCGGCUGGCAACAACAGGACCGCUGAGUUCUCCGGGCGCCGCCUCCGCCGCAGCGGCGGCAGUGGCGGUGCCCACAGCGUCGACAGCGCCCCCAACGGGGGAUGCCAUCGCAUCCGGUGCAGCUGCAACUUCCACCGCCACUGCCGCCGGCGGCGGCGGAAGGGAUCUGUACGACAUCCAGCCGGGGACCCGGUGGCUGGAAGCCCGCAUGGCGUCCGCACGGGACGCGGCGCUGGAGAAGCUCUUAGCCGGGGAGAACAGGGCGGUGGAGCACGUUGCGCUGGAGGAUGAAGAGGUGGUCGAGUUACUGGUCGAGGAUCCGUUAGCGGAGAGGCUGAAGCAGAAGCAAGCGCAGAAACAGAAGCGCAAACCCGUGGGGGCAGCUCGGGGCCCCGGGGUCAGGGUGCGGAGCGGGAAGAAGGCGCGGUCGACCCGGCGGACUGACGCAACAGCAGCAGCAGCAGCAGCGGCAGAGGCAGAGGCAGACGGAGAGAUACCACGUGUCGACGACGAGGAGGAGGAGGAGGAGGAGGAAGCUGAUGUGGGGGAAGAAUUGGAGUUCGAGCAGGAGGAGCCGAAGCUGGCCCGGGCAACACAGCAAGCGAGCGAGGCCAGGGGCAAGAGCAGGAGCAGGAACAGGAGCAAGGCCGUGAAGAGGGCUUAG